AGGGAACCACGUGGGAGGCGGAGUAGGAAGUUUACAGAGAUGGGGAAGAGGAAAGCUCGCCAGCAGCGGCAGCAGCUGAUCAGCCACUUAAGCAAGAAGCAAAAGAAGCAUCUCAAGGAUUUUGGGGAGGAGCACCCUUUUUAUGAUCGGGUUUCUAGGAAAGAAAAACCAACUCAGAUUUGUGAACUGAAUGAAAAUUCUGGGCAAUCCAGCUCAGAAAAUGAUGUGGAAAGUGAUUCAGAACAAAUCCCAGUGUAUCACAAACUACUGGCCACGUUAAAAACAUCUGUCUGUUCAGACAAUGAGGAUGAAGGAGAUGAAUCAGAAGAUAGUUCCCAAGAAGAUACUGAAGUGGAGGAGCUUGGGGAUGAGAAAGAAAUGGAAGAUGAUGACAACAAAAUAAAAGUUCCUCACCAAGAAUCAGAAACAACCCAAGUGGAAAAUAGCGAAGAGGAGCCUACAGGUUCGGAUGCUUUUCAGGAUUUACAUUGUGAAGCUGCUGAAGAGUGUACAGAUGUCCAACUUGAACUUGAGUUUGAUCUGGAAACCAAUUUUAUAGAUGAAGAGUGUGCUGCAGAUGUCAAAGAAAGAACACCUGCAAAAGUAACAGAUGAUCCAUUUAAAUGCCACAUGGAUAAAGUGCUGGAAGAAGAAGAAAUAGAUAAAAGUGUGUGCUCAAAAUUCACCAGCCAAGUUGAGUGGCCAGUACUGGGUCAAUUAGUUUUUUCUUCCAAGUUGGAGAAAUUUGGAGUGAUUAAUCCAAGUAAAGAAGUUGAUCUGGAACAUCUUCAUCUUUGCAAGCCAUUAAAGUCAACUUGGCCAAAAGUGAACAGACAAUUGCUUUCUGCUCAGACAAAAUCAAAAGACCAGCUAUUUAGCCCACUGCAAAAAGAGCUCUUCUGCAUUAUGAAUUCAUACAAGGAUUUGUUUUACCCAGGAAGGACUGCUUUAAAAAAUGGGGAAGAAUUGCGGCAUAUCUAUUGCCUCCAUGCCUUGAACCAUGUCUUGAAGGCUAAUACACAGGUGCUUGGCAACAAUGCCAAGCGACGGGAUCAAGGAGCUGGAAUGGAUGAGGAUGCUUUCAGGGAUCAAGGUCUCACUAGACCAAAGGUGCUGAUGGUGGUCCCCUUCCGAGAAUCUGCUUUACGUGUAGUCCAUAUUUUAAUUGCCCUCCUUGAAUCGGCAAGUCAAAAGAAAAUUGAUGUAAGUAAUAAAAAACGGUUUAAGGGGGAAUUUGGUUCAGACCCAGAAGAGAAGCCGCCAAAUCUGAAAAGGCCUGAAGAUUAUGAAGCCACCUUUGCUGGAAACAUUGAUGACCAUUUCAGAAUAGGUGUUGCAGUUUUUCAGAAGAGCAUGCGGUUGUAUGCCCCGUUUUACUCCUCAGACAUUAUCAUUGCGUCCCCCCUUGGCUUGAGAACUGUGAUAGGAGCUGAAGGGGAGAACAAGCGAGACUAUGAUUUCCUCUCCUCAAUAGAAAUUCUUAUAAUUGAUGAAGCUGACAUUUACCUGAUGCAAAACUGGGAACAUGUUUUGCACCUGAUUAACCACAUUAAUCUAUUACCUUUGGAAUCUCAUGGGGUGGAUUUUUCACGAGUACGAAUGUUCAGUCUGAAUAACUGGUCCAAGUAUUAUCGGCAGACACUUCUCUUCAGUGCCCUCCAUCAUCCUCAGAUCAGUUCUAUCUUCAAUAAGCAUUGCUUCAAUUACAGGGGGCAGGUUGCUGUAAGGAUUGUUCCCUUGACAGGGUCAAUUAGUCAUGUUGUAGUACAGCUUCCUCAUGUUUUUCGGAAGCUAGAAGCUGACAGCUCUGUUUCUGUAAUAGAUGCGAGGUUUAACUUUUUCAUUGACAAAGUGUUACCUGAAUACCGGGAUGCAAUCAUGACACACACACUCAUCUAUGUUCCAUCCUAUUUUGAUUAUGUGCGGAUUCGGAAUUAUUUCAAGAAGGAAGAACUCAAUUUUGCACACAUUUGUGAAUACUCCAGUAAAUCUGGCAUUUGUAGGGCAAGACAUUUAUUCCUAAGUGGAGAAAAACAAUUUCUAAUUAUCACAGAGCGAUUCCAUUUUUAUAAAAGGUAUUCCAUUAGAGGCAUCAGGAACCUUAUUUUUUAUGAACUGCCAACCUAUCCACAUUUCUAUAGUGAGAUCUGCAAUAUGGUAAAAUUAGCAGGCAUGGAGGGAGAGGCUACCUUGACUUGUACUGCAUUUUACUCCAAAUAUGAUGCCCAGAAAUUGGCUGCCGUGGUGGGUGUUGAACGGGCAGCCCAAAUGCUUCAGUCGUCCAAGAAUGUGCACCUUUUUGUCACUGGAGGAACAGAAUAAAAUAAACAAUCCAAUUCAA